GCCUACGGGGGUUUGUGAGUAUGCGUCUUUUGCAGCAUCUGCGUCCAUGGGGGCUGGGUUGAGGGAGGCUUAAAAGCAAGGCUGUUUAGUUCGAAUAAAGUUAUUCGACUGCAGUUUACUGACUGCGUGAGCACACCGCUACAACGUGUUUUUAUCGCUAUUAAUAUACGUCACCACUGCCAAUACCUGACACCCGCCAGUGCGCGAUUUCUUUAAUUUUUCGAUCCAAGGUAAGCCAACUAUGGAGAAUUCUAAAAAAAGAAAAGUGACUGAAGAAAACAGAACUUUUAAUGAUACGUGGACAGAUUCAUUUGCUUUCACUGUUGACGAGACUGGUUUACCGGUAUGCUUAAUAUGCAAUGAGAAACUAGCAAACAACAAAAAGUCAAAUGUCGCAAGGCAUUUCCAGAGUAAACACGCAGCCUUUGCUCAAAAAUAUCCGGAUGGAGAUGAGAGAAAAAAAGCCGUUUCGGAACUGAUGCGGAAGGUUGAUCUGAGCAAAAAUCAUUUCCAGAAAUGGAUGAAGUCUGGAAAAUCAACGACAUACGCCAGUUAUAUUGCCGCUCAGGAAAUAGUCAGGCACGGGAAGCAGUUUACAGAUGGUGAAUAUAUAAAAGAAUCUUUCAUUAAGAUUUCAGAACAUCUAUUCACGGACUUUAAAAACAAGAGUGAAAUUGUGCAGAAAAUCAGGGAUAUGCCCCUCUCUGCAAAGACUGUCAAAGACAGAACCAUAAAAAUGGCAGAAGACAUCACAAGACAGCAAAUUAAAGACAUCAAUUCAGCUGUGGCCUACUCGAUUGCCUGUGACGAGUCUAAAGACAAAGGUGAUAUUGAACAAAUAGCGUUGUUCUGCCGGUAUGUAAACUCUGCCGGGCCACAGGAAGAACUGAUUGAGUUGAUACCUCUAAAAGACCAAACACGGGGGGAGGACAUCUGUGAGGCUGUCUUGAAUUGUUUAAGAGCCAAAGGAAUAAAGACCACCCAUCUGGUGUCAGUAGCUACUGAUGGGGCUCCGAAUAUGACGGGAACGCACAAGGGAUUUGUGGCUUUACUGCAGAAGUCGCUGGACAGAAAGCUGCUGACUUUUCACUGCAUCUUGCACCAAGAGGCACUGUGCGCUCAAACAUCUCCUCCGGAAUGCACAGAAGUAAUGGAUGUUGUCAUUCAGAUUGUCAAUAAAAUAAUGGCAAAAAGUUUAAAUCACCGUCAAUUCCGUUUGUUACUGGACGAGAUGGAAAGCGCAUAUUCUGAUCUCCUGCUGCACAACAAAGUCCGGUGGCUGUCCAAAGGGGAGGUGCUGAAACGCUUUGUCGCGUGUCUGGAAGAAGUGAAAACUUUCCUGGGCAGCAAAGGGCUCACCUUUCCUGAGCUGGAACAGCCAGAGUGGCUGGAAAAGCUACACUUCAUGGUAGACAUGACAGCGCACCUGAACACGCUGAACACAGCUCUUCAGGGGAAAGGACGCACAGCCCUGCACAUGUUGGAGGAUGUUUUGGCAUUCGAGCGCAAGUUGACAGUGCUUGCCAGAGAUUUACAGAAAGGCACUUUGUCUCACUUCCCCAAUUUGAGAGAGUUCAAACAAGGUCACGACAUGAUAAUUUCGGAGUAUUUACGUUCUGCAAUCAUCGCAAUGCAAACAUCGUUUGGGAAACGCUUCUGUGAGUUCAGAGAGGAAAAAAACACAUUAUCCUUCCCGGUCACUCCCUUAAGCAUCGAUCCUUCCCUACUGAAUACGACUGCAUUGGCAGGUGUGAGUCAACCUGAUCUUGAGAUGGAACUGGCCGACAUAGCCGACAAAGACAUAUGGGUGUCCAAGUUUAGACGCUUGACAGCAGACCUUGAAGAUGUUGCCCGUCAGAAGGCCGUUCUUGCUCAGAAUCACAAAUGGAGUGAUAUUGAAAACCUUCCAAAACCGGACAAACGUGUUCGAAACAUGGAAUGCUAUGCCCGACAUUUAUGUAAACAUGAAAAAGUAUGCGCUUGGAGUCCUGUCGAUCUUUGGAUCCACAUAUGUAUGUGAGCAGGUGUUCUCAACAUGAACUUUAUUAAAAACAAACAUCGCGCACGCCUCACAGAUGACAGCUUGCGAUCCUGUGUAAAGAUGAAGGUGACGUCAUACAGCCCUGAUGUGCAGACGCUGUGCGCUGAGGUCCAGGAGCAGAAAUCCCAUUAACCAAGCUGACAGCUGGCUGAUGUUAUUUUUGGUUUGCUGCUGGCGGACAAUUUAAGUUUGGCGUUUUUCAUAAAUACAAGAAGGGCUCAAAUAGACGUUGAGUAUUUUACUUAAAAGUAACCUUCAACCCAACGUCUUUUUUUCGGAGUUCAAAAUGUUUUUGUUGCAUGCAGAAAUGUAAUUUCGUUUUCUCUGCAGGAGUUCAUCAAUUUCAUAAAUGCAACACAUUAUAGUUUGUUUAUACAUAGCAUAAAGGCAAAAAAAAACGUUGUAUGCAGUGUUAUUUCAUUUUAAAUGUCAAACGGGUUUUGCGGCUCCCAGUGUUUUCUUUUCUGUGGGAAACGGGUCCAAGUGGCUCUUUCAGUGGUAAAGGUUGCU